AUGGUUGCCACGUCGGUCUUAUCAGCCUCAGCCGGAAGUAAGGCUACAACGAUGCCUUUCCUUGUUGUGUGUCCGCCGAUCGUCGUUUAUCAUUGGAUACAGGAAGUCAAGCAACACGUCCCGGGUUUCUUUGCAUCUAUAAUCGACUAUUCAGUCCCUGCUAGCGAACGAAAAGUCUUGCUCCAAGAUGGUAUAAGGUCAUUGUCGGACCAGGGUCCGACAUUGAUCGUAACGACGUACUCCAUACUGCGCACGGAUAUUGAGCGCUUGGGGAAUGCCACUUACGCCUUUGUGGUGCUCGACGAAGCGCAUUUGAUUCGAAACCCAUCCACCGCUUUGUUCCAAGCGGUACGUAAGCUUAUGGCGUUGCAUCGUGUUGCCUUGAUCGGAACGCCGUUGCAGAACAAUGUCACCGAUUUGUGGGCUCUCUUCGAGUUCUUGAUGCCCGGGUACUUAGGCGACUUUGUUGCGUUCCGCCGCGAGUUUGUGUUUCCUAUCACAAAGUCAGCACAACGUAAUGCAACGACAAAGCAGAAGAAAGUGGCGGCCAUUGCUAUCGCGCGGUUGCAUCAGAAGGUGUUGCCGUUUAUUUUGCGUCGAACGAAAGAGCAGGUGCUGACGGAGCUUCCUCCAAAAGUUAUUUCGAAUGUGCUUUUACCCAUCGAGCUAUGGGAUGAGUCGCAGUACGAAUCGUUAGCCAUUCCUGAUGUCUUUAAUCAGUAG